AAAAAUAUAGAUAAUCCUGUCAUCAUUCUCCUUCCAUCUCCCAAAGUGAUACAAAGUACAAAGAUGACAAAAGAAAGACAAUUAUCGUCGGAUAGUAUGGUGGCGGCAAAGCCUAGUCUUAUAUGGGAUUGUGGAAGUUCACUCUACGACUCCUUCGAAUUGAAAUCGUUUGAACGCCAACUCGGCAUGGCCAUAGCUUCUAGGACUAUGUCAAUGCCGCAUCUAUCCGAUAACCAUGUUUUCCCGCUUUCUUCAUCAUCGGAAUCAGGGUUGUCAAAUGAACGGGUUGGGCUGAAUUUGGAUGGGUCAAAAUCUCAACGUGCACUAAAAAAAGGCUCCAAAAUUUCCCGGACCUUUCAGAAGCUUCUCAAGUCUGUGUUCAGACCAAAGCAUAACACUAGCAGUCCAAUUUUCCCCGUACAAGAUAAGUCGAGUAGUGACGAAGUUCAAGUCAUUUGUGAAAAGUGUAGCGCGCUUUCACCAAUAUGGGAGGUCACAGAAUGUGAUGGUCUCUUUCGCCGGAUAUCAGGUCGUUGGUAAGAGAAUGGAAUAUAAACUAUCCAUGGCCAAUCCUAUUGGUGUUUCAUGUGAUUGAUAUAUUGAUCUUUGGACUAAUUAGUAAAUCAUCACUCUAAUAUUGUACAUUGAUCAUAUUUUGGAGAUGAAGUAUAGUUCAAUAUUUGUUUUGAUAUA